CUGUAUGAUACGGCUUCAUACCGCAUUCUGUAUGAUAGGGCUUCAUACCACAGCCUGUAUGAUAGGGCUUCAUGUCACAGCCUGUAUGAUAGGGCUUCAUACCACAGCCUGUAUGAUAGGGCUUCAUACCACAGCCUGUAUGAUAGGGCUUCAUAUCACAGCCUGUAUGAUAGGGCUUCAUACCACAGCCUGUAUGAUAGGGCUUCAUACCACAGCCUGUAUGAUAGGGCUUCAUACCACAGCCUGUAUGAUAGGGCUUCAUAUCACACCCUGUAUGAUAGGGCUUCAUAGCACAGCCUGUAUGAUAGGGCUUCAUAGCACAGCCUGUAUGAUAGGGCUUCAUAGCACAGCCUGUAUGAUAGGGCUUCAUAGCACAGCCUGCAUGAUAGGGCUUCAUACCACAGCCUGUAUGAUAGUGCUUCAUAGCACAGCCUGUAUGAUAGGGCUUCAUACCACAGCCUGUAUGAUAGGGCUUCAUACCACAGCCUGUAUGAUAGGGCUUCAUACCACAGCCUGUACGAUAGGGCUUCAUAUCACAGCCUGUAUGAUAGGGCUUCAUACCACAGCCUGUAUGAUAGGGCUUCAUACCAUAGCCUGUAAGAUAGGGCUUCAUACCACAGCCUGUAUGAUAGGGCUUCAUACCACAGCCUGUAUGAUAGGGCUUCAUACCACAGCCUGUAUGAUAGGGCUUCAUACCACAGCCUGUAUGAUAGGGCUUCAUAUCACAGCCUGUAUGAUAGGGCUUCAUAUCACAGCCUGUAUGAUAGGGCUUCACACCACAGCCUGUAUGAUAGGGCUUCAUAA